AUGGCUAACUGUGAUAGUAAUGGUCAGAGACCAUUUACUAAGUAUGAAGAGUUGUGUUGUUCUCCCUCAAACAAAGGACGCAUCAUUCCUAUUACUAAAGAUGAUGGUCGCUCUGGACUUAUUUCUUUAACUCUCCGUGAAAGUAACAUUUAUAGAUAUCGUGAAGAAUUUCAUGAGAUAUGUACCAUUGGAGCUGGUUCUUUCGGUACUGUCUACAAAUGUAUCAAUAGACUUGAUGGUUGUGUAUAUGCAUUGAAAAGAUCUCAUAACCAGUUGUGGGUUCGAGCUGAUGAGUAAACUGCUGCUCUCCGUGAAGUAUAUGCACAUGCUGUGUUAGGCUCUCAUCCUCAUCUUGUACGUUAUUCAGCAUGGGCUGAAGAUGAUCACAUGUUAAUACAAAGUGAAUACUGUAAUGGUGAUAUGGGUCAUGUGACAUCAAUGAAGGUACCUCAAGUUGAGGAAGGGGAUUGUCGAUAUAUUCCAAGAGAGAUCUUACAGGAGGAUUAUUCCAGUCUCUGUACAGCUGAUAUAUUUUCUUUAGGUCUUACUGUUUACAGUGCUUUUGUGUUUCGUCUUGGGAUACUUCUUGGUGUAGAUAUCCAUGAUGUAGAAGCUGUUGAGGAUGAUCCUAACCAGGACCCCUGGUCAAAAUGUAGGAAAGUGAUUAAAAGAUGGAUGCUCAAUGUUGCCCCUGAAAGACAAAGUAUCAUUGGACUUCAGGAUCAAGGCUCAAAGAGUCUGAGAUGUAGUCGACCGCUCAUCAAUGAAGAACGUGAAGGAGAACAGACCUUGAAAACGUAA